AUGGCUCAACGUGUUACUUACAGAAGAAGAAAUCCAUGUAUGUUUAUAUCUAAGUAUGACCAGGACUAUUGAACUAUAAGAAUGAAAGAGAAGAGUAGAGGAUGGUUAUACGGUCCAAUGAGAAAUAUGUGACAAACCGUAAUGUAGAGCUUCGUGAAGAAAGGUAAUGAAUUUAGUAUGUUUGAAAGUAAAAAAGAGGUGUAUACCGAAGAAUGGGAUAAGAAGUAUUUGAUUAGACGAAAUACGGGAAGUGAAAAAUUAAGGAAUGGAAAUGAAAAAAAGAUGAUAUAGAGAGUAUUCAAGAGAAACGUCGUUAACCAAUACUUUGAGGAGUUAGUAUCCUAUAAUACUCCUUAGAAUUACAUAUAGUUCAGUGGGCUGGUCAAAAAAUUGAUAUUUUUUGAAUUUAUACUAACAGAAUAUAGACAAUACCAAGUCUAACAAGAUCAAGGUUGUUAAGACCCCAGGUGGUAAAUUAGUUGCUCAACACGUCAAGAAGCUCGCUUCUAGACCAAAGUGUGGUGACUGUGGUGAUGCUUUACAAGGUAUCUCUACUUUAAGACCAAGAGAAUACGCUCAAGUUUCUAAGACCCACAAGACCGUCCAAAGAGCCUACGGUGGUUCUAGAUGUGCCAACUGUGUCAAGGAAAGAAUUGUCAGAGCUUUCUUGAUCGAAGAACAAAAGAUCGUUAAGAGAGUGUUGAAAGAACAACAAGAAAAGGAACAAAAGUCCGCCAAGAAGACCGGUAAGAAAUAAGUUAACUUAAAGAUUGAAGCUUUGUAAUAUCUAGUUUUUGGUUUUUAAUGGUAUCUUCUAUGUAAAUUUCUUUGUCGUUUUUAAUACACA